AUGAGGCCUCCAAACAACUCCACCGGAGCUUCUAGUAGUACUACCACCGUAGAAGGCGGAUUCCGGCACUGGAACUCUCCCGUUCCUUACCUAUUCGGCGGUCUAGCACUCAUGCUGGGCCUCAUCACGGUGGCCUUGGUGAUCUUGGCUUGUUCAUACCGCAAGUCUUCUCCGGCGCCAACGCCAAACUCCGGCCGCGGCACCACCAGCUCCGGAGAAUUAGAAAAACCGGCGGUGCAAGUUGAUGUGAAUGUGGGCUCCGAUGAGCCGAAGAUUGUUGUUAUCAUGGCUGGAGACGAUAAGCCCACGUACUUGGCUAAGCCUGUCGCCUGUUCGACUCGUCAUGAUCACGGCGAUCAAUCAUGA